GUUUGUCCCAGGCAAGGCGCCGUCCGGCUAAGAUGGCGCCUCCCAGGGACGGAGACUAUGAGGGCCGCCAUUGCUGCGGGGGGCGGGGAGGAGGAAGAGGCUCCGCCGCCGCUGAUGGCCGAUUUCAAGCACUGGAAAGAGCAGCGGCUGUCGCGCGCAGACGCGAGCCGGAAGGGCAGCGUGGAUGAGCCUAUAGAGGGGAUCGUCCGGCUCCUGAAUGGCCGCGAGACUUUCUGUACUACCAGCUCGUGCUCGGGGCGCGUGGUAGUCCUGGAACAGCCCCCUGCCGCACCCCAGGGCGCGGAUACUGCUGGCUUUGAAAUACAGAAGCAAAGCUGCACUUGGCUUAUGGUGACCCAUCAAUUAUGUACUACAAAAGAUGUGCUUACAGCCUUGCAGAAAGCUGCAGCUGAUGCCAUCUUCAAAUUUGAACCAUUUGUUCUCCAUGUACAAUGUCAAGGCCUGCAAGAUGCACAACUUCUGCACACCGUGGCUAUAGAAGCUGGGUUCCGCAACUCUGGUAUUACAGUUAGCCGGAAAGGAAAAAUUAUGAUGGCUGUCCGAAGUACCCAUUGCUUAGAAGUUCCAUUAACCCAGAAAGGAAGACUAAUGGUCAGUGAAGAAUAUGUUGACUUCGUAGUUCAAGUUGCUAAUCGGAAGAUGGAAGAAAAUGGGAAGAGAAUUGACAGAUUUUACAGUUCUUUGAAGUUUGCACUAGAAAACAGGAAUCACUCCAGUUCUCCUUCUGAGGAGAAAGAAAAAGGAAAUGGCAUGGACUCCUGUGGAAGAAAAAAAUCUCAAGCAACCAAAAAGGGUGCUGGAAGUCCUUCUUCAGACAAAAAAAAAGCUUAGAAAGUGAAGACAGUAGUCAAAGCAAUACUAAUAUUUUCCACUGAGAUGUGCUGCGGAUAGAAUUAUGUGAAGUAGCCAUAUACACAUUAUGUUUGUAUAAUGUUGUUUUUUCUUUGCUCUUUAUAAGAGCUUAGUAGAUUAUUGUGCUCUAGAAGGUAACAUGUUUAGUUAUUAGCAAGGUCUUAACUGCCACAACAUAUAAGUGAACUUCAAAACUUUUAUGGACAUUUUUGGACCCGGAGUGUGCUUUCCCUGUUACAGGAUGUAAGAUGGGCAGAUAACUUUGGGAGAAAGUGACUUCAUUUUUUUACAAACGUAAAAAACGUGCAAUAUCUCAAACUUGUACCUAAGACAUGGCCACAAUAAACGGUUUUGCUCUGUGUG